GUUUAUGUCUGAGCAAGAGCAAGAGGGAGCAUCCCUCCCACUGACAGCUGCACUUGGGUAAAUAAAUAAAUUACGCUGCCCAGGAAGUGGUCAUAAAAUCAUUGAAAAAUUGUCCUGACGCCGUGGAAAAGAUGAUGAAAGUGCAAUUAGAUGGUCUGCUCCAAUGGGGUGUGUGAUAAUUUGGGCAUGAGAUGAUUCCCUGGGUGCGUGAGAAGUUCGCUGAACGUCGUGCCAGGUGGCUGGCAUCGCGAAAACGAGAGGACACAGCCAGCAAUCCAGGAGCCAUUGACAAACAAAAUGACAAUAAAAGUGGGCUGAGUGACGAUGUUGCUACCAGGGAUAAAUCCCUUGGACUUCCUGCUACCAAACAUCCCGGAGAUCCAGACACUGAUGAUGAUAUUCAGCUGAGGAUUCUCACCACAAGGGGAGCCUCUGUGGAAGUGUCAGUGGCACGUGGAAGCAAUGGCAAUGCAGUCAAGAAGGAAGCAUUGAAGCAACUGGCCCUGGGAGCUCAUUCUCUGCCUUUCUAUGCUGCCAAUCUGGACACAGUUCUGCACAGGUACAAACUCGUGCGAACUGAACAUCGUCUGGUGCUGCCUUCCCAUGAAAAUCUCGAAAAGGCUGGCCUGCAUGACGGCGAGGAACUCCUUUUGACUGCCAAGAGAUCCUCUCCGACACACUCAGCUCCUGAAAUCCUCAAAGGACCAACUCUGGCCGAAGUCGUAGCUGCCACCAGAGACAUUCCCGCCACUCAGCCCAGUCCACCUGCCGUCAACAUCUACGACAUGGUCCUCCAGACUGAUCUGCAAUACGACAUCCGGAAGAUCCUCAUAUCCCUCGCUCAGAGCUCAGCCUAUGUCAUAGGAGCGGGCCCAUUUGCAGAUCGCCUGAUUGGGAUUCUCAAGCAGAGGCUCCUCAAUCGACGUCGUCAUGAGGCCAGUGCUCUGGAUAGUCUACUGGCAAUGGGAUUCGCUCCCUCGAAGGUUCAUCGAGCUCUCAAAUUAAAAAACAAUGUCUAUUCAGCUGCCCUGGAGUGGCUGAUUGAGAAUCCCAGUGUAUCAGGACAGAAUUCUCUGGAUACACCAGUAUCACCAUCACCAAUGACUUCCUCCCUCACUCUCAGCACUGGCACCUUUACGUCCCGACGCGACAAAAUUGAGAUUCUGCUGGAGAUUGUGCGUUUGCACGCCCAGCGAGAUCUUCCAGCGCCCCCGGAAACCGUCACGAAGAUCAUCGAGAUGGGCUUUGCGGAGUCCGAGGUGCGCGAGGCACUCAAACGGACACAGAACAAUCAGGCGGCGGCCUGUGAAUGGCUCGUGGGCAGUCGCAGCCGGAGUUUGACUGAUUUGCGAGAUGGUCUGCCGGUGGACUCACCAGUUCUGCAGGCGCUUCUCACAUCGCCUCAAGUACAAAUAAGUUUGGGCAACCCGAAGAUGUUUGUGGCCUACCUCUCUAUGCUGGACAACUACUCGUCCAUGAGCAUGUGGCUCAGUGAUACAGAUACUUCGGGUGUUUUGGGACACAUUCUGCGAACAUACCACGAGGAGAAGCACAUUGUGGCCAUCAAUCAAUUCAGCAAUCUCAUCUAAAAAUGUCAAUUACUUAAUUCGCAGGAGCGAAAUUAUUUCCAAAUCCGUGCAAUGCUUUUAGUUGAAAAAGAAAACAAAAAUCAUGGGUGAGUUUUCUUCAAUCAAAAAAAAAAUCUUGCUGAAAAUUGCUUCCCAAAUGAUUUUCCUUCCCUCCAAAAGAUAAAUAUUUUGAGCAUGAAGUAAAUUUCUAGUCAAAAUGUACCAAAAUGAAAGCUCCCCAAAUCUUGUUAGAUCUCUAUUUGAUUAGGCUAAGAAAUUGUUAGUGAAAAAAAAGAAAAAAAAUAUUUGUCACAAAUCAAUGCUUAAAGUCGGUUGUGCAACGAAUAAUUCCUCCCUCAUUCACAUUGAACUUUUCUUUAAGCUCUGCGGACAGACACUUUUUUGCUCACAUACUUUAAGAAAGGAACUUUUACCAAAAGCUGGGGCAGAACUUCAGCCAAUUUUGGGGAAAUGGAUUGUCAAAAAAUAGUUCAAUAUUAAUUUGUUUCUCUUCAUAUUUUGCAAGGAGGUACUGUCGAGCAUCUGGAGGAAGAUCCGCCCUUUUAUAAUUUUAGGUCACGCCUUUUAAGAUAAUGUGAUUUAUUUAAAACCCCAUUUUUAAUCAGAAAGUAUUAAUUAUUGGCCAUAAAAUGGUUUAGGAUUCUUGAGAAUUUUUAAAUUUUAUUUGACUAAAAUUGGCUUAAAAAUAUCCAUUUGAGAAGUUGACCUUUUUCAAAAACAAUUUGAAAUAAUUUAGAAAGCUUUGGCAAUUUUUGAGAAUGAAUUUUUUAAAUUUACAGAGGUCGGUCAAAAUAUGUUAGGGUAACUGUGCCAAAUUCCGGCCAGCUUGCAAUUUCGGCCACCUUUUUUGUUCCUCGAAUUUCCAUGAACUUUUAGAUUUUACGUACUCUAGAGAUUAUACAAUGCAAAAGAAUAACAAAAGAUGAAGCUUCGAUAAACGAGAUGACAUGAAAAUGAUAUUGGAAGAAUUCCCAAAGGGAAAAGAACUAUGAGAAUGAAGGUGGCCGAAAUAGGGCACCAAAGCUAUGUCUACAUUUUUAUUCUUUUUAAAAUGUAUUAAGAAUGAUUUUAGAGUAAAUAAAGACGAUAAACGGUUUACAAGUUUCCAAGCAACACUCCUUAAGAAGAAGGAAUAAAAAUAAUCAAUUUUUAUUAAAAAAUAUUACAUUUCAAACUUGAGAUUUUGACGCUUGCAUGCAACUAUGCCGAAAUUUGGCACACUUACCCUAUUACAUUUCAAACUUAAGACUUUGACGAUUGCAUGCAACUAUGCCGAAAUUUGGCACACUUAACCUAAUACUUUUAAAAAAUAUUCUAUCAGAACAGACUUUAAAUGUUUUGCCUAAUUUAUUGUGUAGAAAUAAGUGAUUUUAUUAAAUUUAAG